GUGAUAUCGGCCAUUUUCCAAUAUGUAGACACGCGUGUUAAACCUCUGAAUUUUUUUAACUGCCAUAGUUUGAAAGGUUUUUAAGGAAUCUAGGUAAUAUAUACAUCAAUGGAAAGGGAAAAUUAAACGCUUUCUAGAAUCAUGGACAUACGUAAGAACGAAGAUCGAACAAUAUCACUAAUGCUAUCUCGUGUUAUGGAAGACAUAGGCGUCACAAAGGAAAUGGUCAACCGAAGACGAAGGACAUUUUUAGAAAAUGAGGACAUAUCGUGUUUGUCGGAGAUACUCCUGGGACUCAACACAAUAUGUUACAACUUUGGGAGCCAAAGCGAGGCGACCACUACUUUAGGCAUGGGCUCCGAUCUCGAUUGUUUAAACUGUCUGAAUAAGCGGCCUGUAAUCCUGAGCAUGGAGGACUGGAAUGCUGGCAAAGACAACCUUCUCCUACUCAGGGACCAGCAAACCCCUCCUCAACACUGUUACUUACAAAGGUUAAGCAGUGAAUCACCACAACCAAUGACAAAUCUACCGGUGUCAGAUCACGUAAAAGACAACAAAGGACGUGUUCUGAUCCAGAACACGUGGUUCAGCAGCUCGGCGCAACGUCAGGUUAGAAAGGUCAGUAAGAAGCUUAUAAAGCACGGCCCGUCGCUGAGUUAUUCAGAUGAUGUGGACUAUGUAUUCUCUUUCCACUGCCAGAAAAUUCCAGAUGUCUGUAGUUCUUGGAUCAACAGAAAUAGACCGGGUCAUUGGCCACCAACAAACGUUAAAAAGAUGGCAAUGAGUGCAGGAAUCUUUCUCUUAGCUUGUGGACACCCAGACAGUGAACAGGAAUCAAUGGAGUGGAGAUUCUCGACUUCAGCUGCCGAGAGAUUGUUGAUGUUUGACUUGAGCCUAUGUCAGAUCAAAGUGCUCAUCUUACUGAAAAUGAUCAGGAAAACGUACUUAAAAAAGACAGUAGGUGACGGACUAACUACAUAUCAUUUGAAAACUGCGCUAUUAUACACGAUAGAAAAGUACCCUCCUGACGUCUGGAAAGAAGACAGUUUACUCCAGUGUGCGAUUAACUGUCUUACAACGCUAGCAAGAUGGCUGCGUCUGAAUUACGUACCGCACUACACCAUGGAAGGUGUAAAUUUGCUGACUGGAAAGCUGAAGAAACAUGAAUUACCACACUUGGAAAAUAUUGUUCUGAACAUGAUAAACACGAAACUGCAGUGCGUUCUUGGAAUAGAAAUGGAUGCAGUUGGAGACAGAUUAUGGACUUUGAUACAUAAAGGGUGGUACUCCAGUGAACAGUUUGCGUCCAGGGAAAGCAUUGAGUGCGCUAUUAUAUCGUUUCUGGCUGAAGCGUAUUUUGGAAACUUAAAUCAUUCUUUGAACCAAUAUUUGGUGGCAGCAAAUAAAGUCAGUUUCGACCAGGCGUACAACACCAUCAAAUCAAAUUUGUCAAUUUUGGCAAAUGGUUUGUUAAAUUCAAAUCAAAUUAAACGUGAUACGACAAGGUUGCUCAUCAAGUACCUGAGUUCAGUCGUCGCCACGAUGCAGGCUUCACUAUGUCUUCGGAAUGGCGUGCCGAUUAUGUUACCAGACACUGUGAAUCUUUUUAAUGUGUCAGUAGACUUUGAUUUAGCUUCAUGUAAACUGAAGCUUGCUUCAGUAUACUACUGUAUGAAAGAGUAUAGAAAAGCAGAAGAUAUACUGUCGAAAGUAGAGCAUAGCUUUCAGCCAUGGGUACUGUCCGCUUGUGAUUGUCGGAAACGCACCAUGAAGAAACCAACAAAAGCUUUUGAUCGAAGAGCACUAGCAUCUACAAAUCAAGAUAUGUUGAAGUCCUCUGUAACAAUGUGGGUCAAAAUCCUACGCCAUGAGAUGGAGUGCGUCCCAAAACAUUUGCAUUUCGAAAUGUACCGUGCAACUGGCAAUGACGAUAUCCAACUCCGGGAUCACUGGGAUGACAUCUGGAUGGACAUGGCGCUGGUCGACUCGCUUCCUUUCACCUACUAUCUGCAAUACCUGACAUAUCGGGAGCUUGGAAUGGAAGACGCUCGAAUAGAAUCUGUUGAAAAGCUAGCAGAUUAUGUCGAGAAGUACAACGGUUAUGGCCAUAUAGAAACGGUUUGCAACUUAGUUGGACAUUGCUUUGAGUUAGAGGGAUUGUUUGACCAAGCUCUUGAAUGGUAUCUAGAAUCUCUUCACGCUCUGCCAAGAAACAACGCUGCCAUGUGGCACAUAAUUUUGUUGUUGUAUUCUUUGUUUAAACGUGGCAUGUAUUUAACUGGUCAAGGUUUUAAGAUUGGGAGGAACAUUUCUCGGUAACAACUACGAAGUAAACAUGGCAGACAACCUAAACACAAUUUCAUAAUUGUCAAUUUCUUCAUAGACAGUAACAGAAUAUAAAUCAAAUUUUACUAGGUAUGCUUUUGCAUAUAAUACAAUAAAUAAUGAGUACAAAAUGUGUAGAAUGUAAAAGGAAAGCAUAGAUUUUAAAAAUCAAUUCUUUCAGAUCAGUUGGUAAGCGCUGCGUGGAAUUGUCACAGUAACACGAGAAGAAACAAAUGACCACGUAUACGAUUUGUAUACCGAGCGUAUAUGUUAUAUUUUGCAAUAUUAUUUGAUUUAACGUCAGUUUUUUUUUACAAUUUUUAUACUAAACAAGUUCGUUUUAGAAACAUUCUGACGAAUGUAGAAAGUAAUACUGUAAAAAGAGUUUUGUCUCCAGUUUGCUUCAGGGUGGGGGUGGGGUAGAUGUAAGCGAUUUUUGUUUAAACAUCCAUUUUCAACAGUAUUUCAGGUUAUAUUAAGGCGGUCAAUUUUCCUUGCGGUGGUGAAUUUUCCUAACCAUCGUGUUAUGGACUAUACCACAGUCAUUAACAGUUCGGUUGGUAGCGGGGUUCGAACCCAAAAUUUCCCUCAGACUUACAAGACAAUCGGCCCAUCAGUACUUCAGUGGUAUUAAUGCGGUUUUUGGUGACCAGCUGGAUUUAUACGCGCGAACCGGAUAGAAUUGUCUGCUGGUGCGCGCUACUGAACUCGCAUUUUAAGAUGUUUUUUUCCCGAUCCAUAUAGAUAUAUAUUGUGGAAGUAACUUAUUUUAGUGGUCACUGGUGCUUUCCAGGGACACCUCUACUGUUUCCCGUCUACAGACUGUUGGUCUCUAAUGUUUAUACUUACUUAAACUAACCAUUAAAUAUGACCCCAGGAUUGAUCAAAAUUUAACGCUGAUCAAUUUUCAACGGCUAUUUUGAUCAAAAUUUAAUGUUGAAAUGUUAUCCUGGGUCAGUUUUCAACGUUGAAAUGUUAUCAGGGUUAUUUUUUACGUUAAAAAAUGACCAUUGAGGUCAUUUUUCAACGGGGUCAAAAUUUAGUGUUACCAGAGGUGUGGGGGUGGACAUAUUUUGUGAUUUGCUGUUUUUUGGCGAGAAAAACUUUAGUUAGACUGUAGCAUUAUUAAACCGAGGACUUUAAUAUUAAACAGAGGUCGCAAUUAGAAUGUAGCAUCAUUAAACUAAAUGCUAUAAAACACUGAUCGCUGCUAGAAUGUAACAUCAUUAAACUGUGGGUUUAAUUGCAAUAUUGAAUACAGUGUGUAAUUAGCAUAUAAAAUCAUAUACUUCAAGGCUAGUCAUGACCAUUAAUUCUUGCAUAAAACUGCUGUUUUUAUCGUUUAAGUUGGUGUAUUAACAGACUGAAGAAUAAAUUUGCAUUAACAGAGAGAUUCUCGCGCUCACACCUUUAAUUUUACCUAUGCGUGUUACGUGUCAAGCGUAAACGUAUUACGGUGAAAGUUAACAUUAAUUUUUUCUAUAACUUUGAUGCUUUAGCUUUCAUGCGCACACGAAACAGACAAAACUGCAUAUAUGUAAGAAAAAGCUGCACGGAAUUUGUAUUAUUAUAGAUUAUUUUCAUUUGUAGUAAAUUUACUAAGAAACAA